AUGUUAGAUGGGUAUUGUAGUAGCAUGGAUCAUUAUAAGGAAGCAUUCAUAGAGGCUUUAUCUAAAGAACCAACUGCUCGAUCAGAUGAGGACCUCAAAAUUAUAUAUUCAAAUUUGCGACGAUUAGAUGUAUUCCACAAUUUGAAUGAUGCACCACUUCGUGCAAUUUGCUGCACUGCGCGUUUUGAGAAGCAUCCUACGAAUUUUGUCAUUUUCCGGCAAGGUCAAAUCGCUACAUGCUGGUACAUUUUACUUUCUGGAUGUGUUUUCAUGGAUGAACAGAUCUAUUUGCCCUGUGGAUGCUUUGGUAAACGAAAUGGGCUCGAUUAUCGGCGUAAAAAAGAUUGCAUUGUGUUGCAGCCAGCGGAAAUGAUUGUAGUUAGCGUUCAUAAUUUUCUAUACUUACGAGCUCUAUCGUUUUUAUUACUUCGAGUAUCAAAUUUAUUCCCAAGUUACAUUUGGAUUGAUUAUCCAGAUGUGAAGCAAAUAAAGAUUAAUAAAGGACAUUCUUAUUCGACAGGAAAGCCAUCACCGUCACGGAAUUCAUUGUGUGGUGUAAACGCGUCUUAUUUAUUUUCACCCUCUAGCACUGUUACUGUUUCACUUCGUUCAGAUAUUGAUGCAGUAACUACUAACACAUCAUUUCCACCAUCUUAUCGUUUUUAUAAAAGUGGAAAAACAUCAUUUACAAAUUCAAAUGAGUCACCAUUAUCAAGGUCGGAUAAGAAGAAACACAGGUCUUUCCAUCGAGAAAGAGAUGAUUUAUACACUUGUUGUCCUUCUAGUUCCACUUCGACAUACAGAAGCCAGGUAUAUUUAAAUGGUUUGAGUGCAGAAACGGGAACUCACCUUAAAUUAAAGCACCGAUCUCGUAAGUCGAAUUCCAUUUCGGGUUCAAGCAAUAGUGAUAGAUGUACACGUCUUUCAAGCACUGCUUCAUCAAGCGCGAAUGAAGAUGACUUACACGGCCUUCCAGAAGCUGCCGUUGAUAGCGAAGACGAUGAGUCUUGUCCUUCUUAUGAUAGUUUUCAUGAAUUAAAAGAUAGUGUUCGCGAAUGUCUCGAAAAAGAGCCAUCAGAAAGGACGGCAGACGAUAUAUGCACUUUACUCGACUUUAUGCAGCAUAUGUCUGCUUUGGCCACACUUCCGCUCAGUAUAAAGCGCCAGCUUUGCUUAAAAAUGGUGUUCGCUGUUGUGUCAGAAGCUAAUACAGUGGUUAUGCAGCACAACGAACGAAUUGAUGCAUGGUCAGUCAUUGUAAAUGGGCAGGUAGAAGUUGUUCUACCAGAUGGUGAAAGACUUGAAUACAAGCUUGGGGAUUCGUUUGGUGUGCAGCCUGAUCUUGUUCCUCAGUAUCAUGUGGGUGUUAUGAGGACAUUAGUUGAUGAUUGUGAGUUCGUACUAAUUGAACAUCGUGAUUACUGUAGUAUAAUGAGCACUAUUAGUGAUCAUAUUGAGCAGCAUUCUGAUGGAAUCACUGGUGAAAUCGUCUCAGAAAUCGAACGAAGAUCAGUAGGUAAUCAAAUGGGGCAGGUACUAAUCAAAGCCAAUCGAGAUAAGCUGGUUGAACACUUAGUUGAGGAAAGAGACACGGCAGUAGAUGCGCAUUAUGUAGAAGAUUUCCUGCUUAUGUAUCGUGUAUUCAUUAGCGAUCCAACAAUGAUUUUUGAAAAAUUAAUGCACUGGUUCGCAGAAUCAAGCUUGAGAGACAAGAUUGCUCGUAUUGUCUUGUUAUGGGUGAAUAAUCAUUUCAAUGAUUUUGAAUGCAAUAGUGAAAUGAUGCAGUUACUUGAUCGUUUUGAACAAGCUCUUGAAAGAGAUCAAAUGCAUAGUCAACAGUCUUUACUUAACAUCGCAUGUAGUGUAAAGUCUCGAACGAGAAUGAUCGUUUAUUCUCGUUCUAAUCGUGAUCAACCUCUUUCGCUUUCAAUUCUUGGAGGUAAAGAAAACGGUUCUCCUGGAAUAUUCGUGUCUGAUGUUCAGCGCGGAAGUCACGCUGAAAAAAUUGGCCUUAAAAGAGGAGAUCAAAUAAUCGAAGUAAACGGUCAAAGCUUCAAAAAAAUUAGUUUGAUUCGGGCUUUAGAAGUUUUGCGUAGUAAUACUCAUUUAUCUAUAACUGUGAAGUCAAAUCUUUUGGGAUUCAAAGAAAUGAUAGCUCGAUCAGAGCGCGCAGUUGAUGUUGAGGAUCAUAGUAGUUUAUACCGCAAAGUUCCAGAUGCUCGCUAUGCAAAAUACAAACCAAUUUCGAAGCAAAAUGAAAAUGGACAAAGAGGAUCUGUGGCGUGUGUCAUCGGAAUGAAUCCCUCAUUAGGUGCAUCAAAUUUUAAAUGUUUACCUCCAAGCGGUGUGUCUGGUGGCAUUGGGAAUAAAAGUUCGGUCAUGGAUAAGUUGCUGACAAUGUUAAAAGGUUUACCUACCACUCUACCAGAUGGAGCUGUGACAGAAUCGAAAGCACUAAAUCCUAUGCGAUCCAAUUCUUUACGUGCAAGUCGCUCUAAUCCUGAUAUCGCCGGUCAUUCCGUAGGCAGUUCACGGAUUUCAACCAUGAAUAUUGCGCAGUAUUAUCAACCUGCCAGUAGUCCAUGUCCGGAACAUGUUUUGAAAGUAUAUCGAGCAGACCAGUCUUUCAAAUAUCUCACUGUCUACAAAGAAACAACUGCGCAGAAUGUAGUUCAACUUGCGCUUCAAGAAUUCGGCAUGAGUUCUGAAAGUGGAAGCUUAGAAUGGGCACUUUGUGAAACAACUGUAACUGCAGAUGGUGUGAUUAAGCAGAAGCGACUUCCAGAUCAGUUGAACAAUCUUGCAGAACGCAUUCACCUUAAUAGCCGUUAUUAUUUGAAAAACAAUAGUCGAUCAGAUCCUUUGGUACCCGACGAAUUAGCUCCCGAAGUUCUCAAGGAAGCAGAAACCUAUAUUCUUCAGCUUAAUGCACAGAUUGUUGCUGCUCAGCUGACUUUACAGGACUUUGCUGUUUUCUCUGCUAUUGAACCUACUGAAUAUGUCGAUAACUUAUUCGAUUUGGAAUCGAAAUAUGGUUGGUCGAAGUUGGCUGAGUUUGAGUCUUUAUUCAAUAAGGAAAUGUGGUGGGUCGCAACCGAAAUUUGUCGUGAGAAGAGCUUGCAAAAAAGAACAAAAUUGAUCAAAAAGUUUAUCAAAAUAGCUCGCUACUGUCGAGAUUUCAGGAACUUCAAUUCAAUGUUUGCAAUUAUGAGUGGUUUGGAAAAGCCUGCUGUCCGAAGAUUACAUCAUACGUGGGAACGUGUUCCAAGCAAAUAUAUAAAGAUGUUCGAGGAUGUACAGCAUUUAGUCGAUCCAUCAAGAAACAUGUCGAAGUAUCGUCAACAUUUGGCAGUUGUUUCGCAGGAACCACCGGUGGUACCCAUAUAUCCUGUACUAAAAAAAGACUUGACAUUUUCUCAUGAAGGUAAUCCAACAUAUUGCGAAAAAUUAAUUAAUUUCGAGAAACUACGGAUGAUAGCCAAAGCAAUCCGCUCCGUUACGAAGUUGUGCAGUGCUCCUUACGAAAUUGGUGUCAUGGCUCAACAGAGUGGUGGAACUGAUGUCAACGAUGCAUUAGUAAACAUGAAUAGCUUCGAUGGUGGUGCUGGAACCGUUGCUACGCUGAGAAAAAUUGGACCACAUUCAAUGAAAACCGCAGCCCAGCCUCGUCGCAAAUUGUAUGAACAAGCGCUGAUGGUACGCAAAGUAAAGUCAUAUCUAUUAAAUCUAAAUGUCGUAGAAUGUGAGGCAGAUUUAGAUCAACUCUCGUACGAGUGUGAGCCAUCAUACGGUAGUGCGAGCGUGACCAGACGUAGAGCUCCUUCACCGUCACCUUCAAGUUUGUCAAGUCAGUCCAGUACAUCUGAUCAGCACAAAAUGGCGGCUCCGAAAUUCGGCGUGGAAUCUCCACAUGCAGUCCAAAAGAUGCUUUCAUUAGCACAAAAUUCACGUUUAAAGCAAGGCACUAGCGGAAGUUUGAUGGUCGUCAGUCCCUUGCAAUCACCGCUAUUGUCCUCUAAAGGUAUUCGUUUGAGAAGUACUCCUUUGCCGAUUCGACGGAUACCUUCAACAUCCCAACAUCAUUCCAGUGUGAUCGUUACCGCCGACUUACAACCAGUGGAUUUGAAUGCAGAAAGUAGUUCUGUGACAAGUUUAUAUGCCCCUCGCCUGUUCAACAGUGGAAAAAAUUAA